AUGUCUACACAAGAUACCCAACCAGCUACACAAGCACAACCACCCCUCGAACAAAAAGCAUCAAAACGAAAACCCUCCGACAUGCAACCACCAAUCCACUUCACCGCGCGCGAUCCCCCAUGGACCUAUCUCAAACUGCAGCUAAUAUCCCAAGCUCAAGCCAAUUUCCAAGCCAAAAAUGAUACCCCCCUGGAUCCCCUCACAGCCCGCACAUAUCUCACCGCCGCGCUCGCCCAGUUCCUCGGUUUAGUUGGGACUAGUAUUUCGAUUGACAUCCUUAAAAUCGCUUCUUCCUCUACAUCGAAAUCUAUUUUCUCGGCGACACCGACUUCUGAAAACGUCGUCUGGAUCCGCGUCCCCCGCCCCGACGCUGCGGCUGUCGUUGCGGCGCUGAGUUCGUGGAUCGGUGGCACAACUGGGAACGGAGGUGUUGCGUGGAGGGUUUGCGCAAAGGGGAAUUUCCUGGGUGCGCUCGUCGCGGGGGAUGGGAGAGAUUUGUUCGUGCCGUGA